AUGGAAUGCCUAGCGUGGGCUCGAAUCCGCGCCCCCCUGAUAGAGAAAAUCCCCGGAGCGAUGACCUGGGAAAACUGGAUGUUUACAAACCUUAAAACGGACCUCAUCCUACAAUUUGCAAAGAAAUCUCAACUCUUGAAAUGGUACGAGUCGGUGGAGGCGGAGGCGGACCUGGAAGAGGGGACGGAAGAAAAUGAUUAG